AACUUGAAAACAACAAAAUUUACGACAAAAACUUUUUCUAUUGACGUCUAUAGUUGUAAUAUUGACAAAGAAAAACGAGAAAAAAACCAUAAACAAAAAAGUCAUUUUUCAAAUAGUGUCGAAAGGUUUUUCCGUAGGAUAAUAUCACUAAUAUAAAGCUUACAUUUUGAAGAUUCAUGGCUAUUCACAUUCCUUAAUCAUAGUUUUGUAACAAUGAAUCAAACUGAAUCUUAUCUUAUAAUUGUUGAAGAUGUUGAUAAUGGUUCAUCCACAUUAUCAUCUGCACCGGCCAAUUUGAAUUUCCUUCAAAAUAUCAAGCAAAUCACACCUUACAAGCAAAAAUUUUAUCAUAUUUUUCAACAAUAUCUAUGGAUUUUUCCAUUAAUAAUCGGUUUUCUUUUUCCAGUAUUUUGUGUAAUACUUUAUGUGGACAAAUUAGUUUCUAAUGAUUUACAUCCAAUUCUACCAUUGAUUAGUGAUUUAGGAUCAAAACCACCUGUUGCCGGUUAUGUAGCACAAAUUUUUGAUACAAUUGCGAUACUAAAUUUGCUCACUGUUUAUGCUCGUUAUGAGCAAGUGAAAUUUUAUAUUGAAAAAUAUUUUCAAAACUCCAGUAUUGAUAUUUGUCGACGUUUAAAACAAAACAAUAAAUAUUUUACAAUUUCUGGAUGCGGAUUUUCUCUCGGUGUGAUCACAUUGGGAAAUUUUCGCAAUACUGAACAACCAAUGGAACAUGGUAUAGGUUUUAUUAUCAUGUCGUGUAUUCUUGGCUACAUUUUUUUCACGACAAAAAUUUGUGAUGAUUUAUAUUCCUUCAAACGUAUUGAAUCACAACCAUCCACUAUCCGAUGCUGUGGUUGGAUUAUCCUCAUUUCUCUUAUUAUGAGUGCCCUUUUUUUAAUUAUCGCUGUCUCGCAACUAGAUUCGAUUUACCAUUGGUUUGAUAAUAAUCAAAGAUUAAAUUGGAAACCAAAUCAUCCUGGAUACAUAUGGUUUACAUUGGGUACCUUUUCUGAAUGGUUUUUUGUUAAUUGGUGUUCAAUAUACUUUUUUUCAAUCAGUCAUCGUAUACAUAUUUUCAAUCGAUGUCAUCGAAUAAAAUGAUAUUUU